AGAAAGAAUUUCGUGGGAGAGCUUAUAAACAAUUCAGACUUUUGGGCCCCGCUCCAACACUGAUGCAGCUUGACUUUAGAUCAAGCGUAGCUCAUUUUGACUAACCUUGCUGGGGAAAUCUGAUUCAGGUCGUCCACCACUCUAUACCUGCUUCUGUUACCUCUUCCACCUAGCUACCCGCCCCCCCAGGAGGUCGCAGGAUUCCCCCUGAAACCAGCCUUUCGUCUCCGACUGGCCUCUGCCUUGUCUCGCCUCCGCACAAAAACUUCGUCUUCUCGUCUGUCGAGGCGAGUCUGUGCUGACACUUGAUCCAAUGGCACGAGAAUACUCAAAACGUAACCCGGAAGUUGGUCUCGCGCCGACGGUAUUGGACUGUGACGCCUAAUGAGUGCGCCGAAACUUCCGGCCUAAUAGCUAAGGGCAGAGUCUUGCGUGGUCCGAGACCCGGGAAUAAGGGGCUGCAGUGGGGGCCGACUGAGGCCAAAGCUCCGAGCUAGGGUCUUCCGCUAGGGUCUGGAGCGCUGGACCGCUUGGCUCCUGCUGAAGCAGUCUAUCCUGGCACGGGGUCCUGGGCUCCUCCAAAAGAGGGCGCAGCUGGUUUCCGGGCUAAGGCGCUCUGCUGCAUGGCAAUGGCGGCUUUCCCGGGCUCUCAGGAGCGGGAAGGGCUCCUUAUAGUGAAACUCGAGGAGGACUGCGCCUGGACCCAGGAGCUGCCUCCCCGUGACCCUGGGCCCAGCCCCGAGGCCUCCCAUCUGCGCUUCAGGAGGUUCCGCUUCCAAGAGGCCGCUGGUCCCCGGGAAGCCCUCUGCCGGCUCCAGGAGCUUUGCCAUGGGUGGCUACGGCCUGAGAUGCGCACCAAGGAGCAGAUCCUGGAGCUACUGGUGCUGGAGCAGUUCUUGACCAUCCUGCCCCAAGAGAUCCAGAGCAGGGUGCAGGAACUACAUCCGGAGAGCGGCGAAGAAGCAGUGACCCUUGUAGAGGAUAUGCAGAGAGAGCUUGGGAGACUGAGGCAACAGGUCACAAACCAAGGGCGGGGAACAGAAGUGCUUUUGGAGGAGCCUUUGCCUCUGGAAACAGCAGGAGAGUCACCGAGCUUCAAGCUGGAGCCUGUGGAGACUGAGCGAAGUCCUGGCCCCAGGCUGCAGGAGCUGCUAGGCCCCAGCCCCCAAAGGGACCCCCAGGCUGUAAAGGACAGGGCGUUAUCUGCUCCCUGGCUUUCUCUCUUUCCUCCUGAAGGGAAUAUGGAAGACAAGGAAAUGACUGGGUCCCAGUUGCCUGAGAGCUUAGAGGACAUGGCAAUGUACAUCUCCCAGGAGGAGUGGGGGCAUCAGGAUCCUAGUAAGAGAGCCCUCUCCAGGGACACGGUGCAAGAGAGUUAUGAGACUGUGGACUCACUAGAGCCUCACAUGCCCAGUCAGGAGGCCCUAAGCACCCAGGUUGAACAAGGAGAGAAGCCAUGGGAUCCCAAUAUCCAGAAUUGUAAGGAGGGUGUGAGCCCCAGAAGCCCAGCUCCAGGGGAAGAGAAAUUUGACAACCAAGAAGGAGAUGUUCAAUCUGUUUCCCCUGAGAACACUCACCCUCAGGUGCUGCUCCCUGGCCCGGCCAGAGGGGAGGUGCCCUGGAGUCCUGAGCAGGGCCGGCCUCGUGACAGGGCAGAAGGGCAUUGGGAACCACCUCCAGAAGAUGAAAUGGAGCAGUCCUUAGCAGGAGCUAUAAGUUGCAGAGAACUGGGGCCACCAAAGGAACUACAGCCAAAAAAACUUCAUUUAUGUCCUUUGUGUGGCAAAAAUUUCUCUAAUAACUCAAAUCUAAUUAGACAUCAGAGAAUACAUGCAGCAGAAAGACUGUGUAUGGGUGUGGAGUGCAGUGAAAUCUUUAGUGGGCACCCACAUUUUCUCUCACUACAUAGAGCACAUCUGGGAGAGGAGGCCCAUAAGUGCCUAGAAUGUGGGAAAUGCUUCAGUCAAAAUACCCAUCUGACUCGCCAUCAGCGCACCCACACAGGUGAGAAGCCCUAUCAGUGCAAUGUGUGUGGAAAAAGCUUCUCUUGCAACUCCAACCUCCAUAGGCACCAGAGGACACACACUGGGGAGAAGCCCUACAAGUGCUCCGAGUGUGGGGAGAUCUUUUCUCAUAGCUCCAACCUUCUUCGACACCAGAGGAUCCAUACAGGAGAGAGGCCCUAUAAGUGUGCUGAGUGUGGGAAAAGUUUCUCUCGGAGUUCUCACCUUGUCAUUCAUGAAAGAACCCAUGAGAGAGAGAGGCUUGACCCCUUCUCUGAGAAUGGGGAGGCCAUGAGUGAUGGUACCUCCUUUCUUACAAGCCAAGGAACCCGCAGAGCAGAAAAGAAACUCUUUGAAUGUUCAACUUGUGGGAAAACCUUCCGGCAGGGCAUGCACCUCACCAGACAUCAGAGAACGCACACAGGAGAGAAACCAUAUAAAUGUACCCUUUGUGGAGAAAACUUCUCUCAUAGAUCCAACUUAAUCAGGCACCAGAGAAUUCACACAGGAGAAAAACCCUAUACAUGUCACGAAUGUGGAGACAGUUUCUCUCACAGCUCCAAUCGGAUUCGUCACCUGAGAACCCAUACUGGAGAGAGACCUUAUAAAUGUUCUGAAUGUGGAGAAAGCUUCUCUCGGAGUUCACGCCUUAUGAGUCAUCAGAGAACUCACACGGGUUAGAAAUAAUGGAAUUUCUCUUUGCCCCUGGUGGCAUAUAGAAGGUUGUCAAGAGCUGGCUGGCAUUGCUUGACCAAAUGACCUCUGUUUUCCAAGAGGAAAUGGGGGCUCAUUUUGAGGGUAAUGCAGAGGCAGCAAAGGAUUGCUGUAAAACUAAAGAGUUGUUUGCAAUAGUAAAAUCUGAUGUGACCUGCUCUGGGACAUUUUUAUUUAAUCCAUCCUGUCCCAACGUAUACCCACUUUCUUGAUGUGUUUAACCAGCAUGUAGUUUGGGUGCCUUACUAUGUAAUGCUUAUUCCAACAACUUUGGGAAUUCAUGUGAUCUUUUACUCCUUAUUCACUUGGGACUGCAGGAGCAUUGAGGCUCCUAAGGCCCUUGAGACCAAAGAAGAGGGGCCAGAUUUCCUGAGAAACCAGCAUAGAAGUCAACAAGACUGGUUGUAAAUUGUAGCCCUAACAGGUCAGCCAUGAUAACAUCCCUCAGUGGUCUGGCAGGAGUGCCCAUUGGUAAACCACAUAAUGUAUGACCUCAAACAAAAGAAAAUGGAGGUGUAGGGGAAAUUUAAGGAAGAACUUGCAGGUGAGUCUAGAAGUUGGCAGCUGAAAUGAGUGUGUAAUCAAUCUAUCCUUUGGACAGAUUGAGGCUUUCUUCUGUAUUGAAAAAAGAUACCCAGAGCUCUGAAGCCUUGUUCCCAGGUAGAGGGUUCCUUGAAAGAUGGAUUCCCUAGGAAACACUGAAAAUGUAGAUCCUAGGGAAAUUAGGGAUUAUGUCUGUCCCUGUUGACAAUGUUUGGAUGGUAAUAAAUAUCUUCAGGAAACAAAGUAUGUGGAUCUUUAUCUUAAUCCCAUGUUGACCUGUCUUCUAUCUCAGAGGAACUUGCUUUCUCUUUGUGGACUUUUGGGUUAGUCAAGAAGGUUCUGACAAAGGUGGCCGCAGAUAGCCUCAGGUGGUUUGUGGGCUUGAUGGGCUCUAGGCUGGACCUCCCAUGUGCUAACCAAGAGUCAAGCUGAAUGAAGGCUUGGGGUGAUGUCAUAAAGUCUCUGAAAGUUGUUCUUUCCCUCUGUGUUGUACAGCAGUAAAAAUGUUUUUGAUUCUUUGUUUAGAAAGAAAGAAUCUUACAAUUCUUAGAAAGAAUCUUAUAUUCUUUAUGAGGUAGCUGAAGCAGAUUAAGCUUUUUCAAAUGAUAUUUUGGUCUUGCACCUGGUUUCCAGGAAAGAAGCUAAGAUGGUCUUGCUGUAACUGAGUCAUUGAUCAUUAAUAGUGGGGAGGUAAAGGGGAGGGAAAAAUUAUUAUAAGAAAGCAUUAUAUUUUAGAAUAAGGAGUCAGAAGAGGUAUUUUCUGUAUCUAUAAGAAGGAUGUAGAACUACCAGGAGAUAUUCUAGGGGUGGAAGUCUGACGCCAGGAAAACAUCUCAGGAUAUGGUCAUGGAGGAAGAUAUCUGACCAGCUAUUAACAAUCCAUUAGCAACAGGCUAUCAAAUAAAGCAAUUUUAAGUGAUGGAAACAA